AUGGCGGAUCUAUUGGCAAACUUCACCUCCGUCUUCCAAGCUUCCAAUACCAACAAUCGCGUCGCGAAACGCAACCGCCGUCCACUUUCCUGUUCGAUAUGUCGAGAUCGGAAGUUGAGAUGCGAUCGGCAACAACCAUGCAGUGCUUGUACCAAGAGAGGCGAUUCUGUCAAGUGCGAGUAUAGCUCUGUCGUUCCUCAGAAAACACCAAAGCCUCGCACCACCCACGAUGCUGCUGCUAGUCGCUUGCAGAAACUGGAAGACAUGGUCAAUGGUCUGAUGCAAUCCGCUCCAGUGAACACUUUCGUUGUCACCCCUCCGGAUUCCUCCACGUCUCCGCAGAACGACAAUCCGGCAUACUCUGACGUGUCUGCUGGAGGCCAUCUGAGCCAACAAGGAUCUAAAGUCAACUAUAUCGGAGGCACUCAUUGGGCAUCAAUCUUGGAAAGUAUCCAUGAGAUUAGAUCCAUCAUGGACUCGGAUUUGAAUGAUGCCGCAUCUGAACCCACACAACCAUCACUCAAAGCAGAUCCUCUGUUUGGCCAGGAAAAGCUUAUAACCAUUGAUCAAAUCCUCGCCACGCUUCCGGAGCGACAUGAAGUGGACAGUCUGGUUGCAUCUUACUUCAGAGAAUCAUUCUUGUCUUUGACCUUCAUACACAGUGGCAAGUUCAGAAGGGAGUAUGAAGCUUUCUGGAGAUCUCCAAAAAGCGCAAGCUUCUGCUGGCUGAGCAUCCUCUUCUCCAUCAUGCUCAUGGCAGGCAGACUGGCUCUCGCACGGGGCCAAGUUGUAUCUUCUGAUCCCUGUUCUACGAAACAAGCUGGGGCUUUGAGAAUGGCUGCAAAGUGUCUCGUUGCUGGUAAUUACCUCGACGGUAGCCCAUAUUCUGUUGAGGCAUUGCUAUUCCACUUUCACUGCAUCUAUGCUCUCCAUGCGAACCCCGAGAUGCAACCAUGGCCUAUUCUCACGAUGGCAACACGACUUGCACAAAAGAUGGGAUACCAUCGCGAUCCGAAACAUUUAUUCAGUAUCUCGCCUUUCGAAAGCGAAAUGCGACGUCGAGCGUGGUACUAUAUCGAGAUUUUCGAUAUGACCAUGUCGGCUCACCAGGGGAUCCCGGCUAUGAUCAACGAAGACGAAUGCGACUGUCAGCUCCCUAUCAAUUUGUUAGAUGAGGAUUUUGAUGAAAACACUGCUGUCAUGCCGCCCCCUCGAUCUGAUACGACACAUAUCCCCAUGUUGUUUUUCACCUCUAAAGCGGAAGCCUUGCGCCUUUUACGUCCGGUUGUUCGCCAUUCUUUGUCCAAUCGAAGAUAUGAUCUGGAAGAGACCAACAGACUUCAUGAGAGCCUUGAACGAAGCCGUCAGAGUGUCCCCCCAUCCUUACGAAUUCGUACCAUAAACGAGACUUCUUUUGUUGACCAGGACUAUCUGAUCAUGCAGCGUUUCAUGCUCGAGUUACAAUACUUGAAGGGAUUCUGCAUCUUACACAGACCUUAUCUUGGCUGCAAGAGAGAUGACCCUGCCUUCGAAAAGUCUAGAGAGAUCUGCGUGAAUUCGGCUUUGCGACAGCUCGACCUCCAGACUGAUUACUACGAGGCUUUGCAGCCGCAAGGACGUCUAUACCAGAGCAGAUGGAUGUUUACCAAUAUAACGCUCCACGAACAGUUUGCAGCAGCCAUGAUUAUCUGCUUGGACUUGAACGAGUCAAGAUCACAAAGCGUCGAGAUGAAAGAACGUAAGAUCAAAGCUCUGAAGAUGGCCCAGCACAUCUGGACAAGCAAAAGACCCGUCUACCAAGACGCCGUUCGUGCAAGUCACGUACUUGGAGUCAUGAUAGCAAAACUGACUGAAGACUCCGUUCCGUCUCACCAGACUGGAAUCAUGGAUCAACAUGGAGGUAGUCAACUUUCCUCUGCGACAACAAGCUUCCAUUUUUCGCAACAAGAUAUUGCAGUACAAGGAGACACUACGUACGAUAUGAUGGAUAUUAUGUCUCUAGAGAGCAUAUUCGAGAAUCCUGACACGCUGAAUUGGGUGAGUUAA